GCGCUGCACGGUGCGGCGCAGCUCCGGCUCCGCUUUCUCUCUUCCUGGGCGUGAGGUGUCUAUGGGGCACCCGCCGCCAACUCCGCUGCCGCCACCGCCGCCGCCGCCGCCGCCGCCGGGUGCUGUCUCUAUGGCGAGGAGGAGGAGGAGGAGCGCGAGCUCAGCGACACAAGUAGAUCUUGGGUACACAAAUAAAGGGUAAAGUAUUUUAUGAAACAAGUCUUCAAUCAAGUAUAACAUUUUGAUGUUUGGCAUCUAGACUCCUUGUGCCCUCACUAUGCCAGCAGCAACUGUAGAUCAUAGCCAAAGAAUUUGUGAAGUUUGGGCUUGCAACCUGGAUGAAGAGAUGAAGAAAAUUCGUCAGGUUAUCCGAAAAUAUAAUUAUGUUGCUAUGGACACCGAGUUUCCAGGUGUGGUUGCAAGACCCAUUGGAGAAUUCAGGAGCAAUGCUGACUAUCAGUACCAACUAUUGCGGUGUAAUGUAGACUUGUUAAAGAUAAUUCAGCUAGGACUGACAUUUAUGAAUGAGCAAGGAGAAUACCCUCCAGGAACUUCAACUUGGCAGUUUAAUUUUAAGUUUAAUUUAACGGAGGACAUGUAUGCCCAGGACUCUAUAGAGCUACUGACAACAUCUGGUAUCCAGUUUAAAAAACAUGAGGAGGAAGGAAUUGAGACCCAGUACUUUGCAGAACUUCUUAUGACAUCAGGAGUGGUCCUCUGUGAAGGGGUCAAAUGGCUAUCAUUUCAUAGUGGUUACGACUUUGGCUAUUUAAUCAAAAUCCUGACCAACUCUAAUUUGCCUGAAGAAGAACUUGACUUCUUUGAGAUCCUUCGAUUGUUUUUUCCUGUGAUUUAUGAUGUGAAGUACCUCAUGAAAAGCUGCAAAAAUCUCAAAGGUGGUUUACAGGAAGUUGCUGAACAGUUAGAGCUGGAACGGAUAGGACCACAACAUCAGGCAGGAUCGGAUUCCUUGCUUACAGGAAUGGCCUUUUUCAAGAUGAGAGAAAUGUUCUUUGAAGAUCAUAUUGAUGAUGCCAAAUAUUGUGGUCAUUUGUAUGGCCUUGGUUCUGGUUCAUCCUAUGUACAGAAUGGCACAGGGAAUGCAUAUGAAGAGGAAGCCAACAAGCAGUCAUGACAUGAAAUAGUCCUUUUAUUUUUAUUUCAUUUGAGCUACACACAUGCCUGUAUAUAGGUUUUAUCUCUGGUUGAAAUUCUUGAACAAUACACAAUACUUUUUUUUAUAGCCCAUUUUAUUUUCUGCCUUUUAGUACUAAGUAUGACCAUUUGUAUCUCAGAUCUUACUGAUAAAUAGGAAAGCAUUCAGGUUAAAUUUGGCCUUAACUUAAUGUACCUGUUAGCAGGCGUGUGUGACAGCACAGGAAAAGCUACAUAUUGAAUAUUUUGAUAAACUUAACCUACUUGAGCUUGGUUUUUCAACUCUUUCUAAAUUAACUAGCACUGACUGUAAUUUAUUUCUCUGUUUCAUGUCUCCCUUCCAUUCUGCAGGAGUUUUAGCUAUUUGAGAUUGUAGACCAUCAAUUUUGCACUUUAGAGAGUGAUUCUGACUCAGAUCCUCUGUUUUAUCAGAAAUUUUGGCUUUUCUUGCUCUUAGCUGGAAAGAUGACCAUCUGCCAACUUUACACAGUAUUUUCUUGUUUUUGACCCAUGGAAUAUAGCACAUGCAUUGUGUGAACGGUUGAUUCAGCAAGACUACAAAAAAUAGAAGUCAAACUACUGAGGAGCUUAAUAACUGCUGUUUCUGUAUGUUGUGUUUAAUCUUCCAAGCACAUUUAGUGUCUGUCGGUUUCUCAUUGGCAUGUGUAGGCUGUUCUGUGACUAAAGAAUUUUUCAAAACCAGCUUUACACCCUUCAGGAAAAAUCCCUUAUGAUUGGAUGUUUUGUGUCUGCCAGGAAACUGGUAUCCAAGAUAUUGAAGCUGUAGUUAAUUUAUAACAGCAUACUUCCCUGAUCUUUUUUUCUGUCAUUGCUUACCCUUAUUUUUAAUUAAAAAAAAUUAUAUUAUAGCCAUACUUACAAUGCUCUUGAUUUGUUGAUUCUACAAAUCAAUUUCAUUAAAGCCCAAAGGUAGCAAGUCUUUAGGUAUAUUUUAUACCAAAUUAGAAGAAAAAAAAUUGUGCUUUCUUAGUUGUUACAAAAAAAUUUGGUGCAGAACAACAAAAUACAAAAAUUAUAUAUAUAUAAGCUAUAUAUAUAUAUAUAUAUCUAUCUACUAAAAUUACCUGAGGAGUGUAAUGCUUGUUUAUUUUUUUGUGUAUAUCUUUGCAAUCUAUUUUAUAUAUAUGGACAAAAGAGACUGUGAAAUAUUUAGUCAUCUAGAAUAUGUGACCAGACCAGAGCAUGUGUAGGAAGACAUUUUGGUAAUCAUUAAUUCUACCCUGAAAUGAUAGAUUACAAGUUAUGAUGUGUGUUACCUACAUUUCAAUCUAUUAGCAAAUCUCUAAAUGUUAGCCACAUUGGUUUGUAUUCCUUGUACAUUCUUGAUUCAUAUUACUAUGCUGUAACUGGGUGGUCCUUUUUAAACAAAACAUUAUUUGCAAAACAGAGGGUAUUAUUUGUUUUUAAAGCUUUUGUAAAUAAAGGCUUCAGAAAUGUUUUCUUAUAUAUGUUGAUGACUGGUAAAUUUUAUUUUAGAAAUACUUAUUUGGGGGAUGUUUUAAAUUUGGACAGCUGAACAGAAUUCAGUUCACUUUAUUAACUAGCUAAUUAUUAGUCUCAAUUGAAAAAUUGAUCUGAGCUUUCCACAUUUCAACACAACAGUGUUGGCUUAUUUAUGAAUACCUCAACUAGAUGUUAGGAAUUGAUUUGUAUCUUGUUUCCAAGAAUGCAUUUAUUCUGAAAGACAAAGUUUGGUGUAACUUACUAUAGCUUCUUUUUAAAGCUGACAUAGCAGGUGUCUAAUAAGUUUUUUAUUUUGAUCACUUUAAAUAACAGGAGUUAUAUAAAGAUUGCCUUUUGAAUAGGCACACAGUUGCUGAAUUUUAUAGUUUGUAUCAAUUUUGACUUCUGUCUCUAAAAAGUAUAACUUCUGUAAGAGAAACAUUAUGACCUUUACGAAAUUUGGAUAUAAAUAAUUGGCUGAUAAUUUUUUAGUGUUCCUGUGCCCUUCAUUCUGGACUUACCAUAUUCUGUUAAGUAUUAGAGCAAGAGUCAGCAAACGGCCUACCGGCCAGAAUCAACCUGUUGCCUGUUUUUGUAUAGCCAAUGGCAUUACAGUUUUAAAAUUGUUAGGGGAAAAAAAUUAGAAAAAUACUUCCUGACAAUUGAAACUAUGAAAUUCAAGUUUUAGUGUUUAUAAAUAAAGUUUUAUUGGAAUGCUGCCA